AUGGAGGAAGACUCUCACUUGGAAGGCGGAGAAAAUAACCGAGAGAUAGAAAUUGCGCCUGCCAUAAUAGCUGUCCACCCUACCCAGGAUUCGGUUGCCGUCGCCGUCGGUUCUGACCUCCGCGUGUUCGACCUCAGGACGGAUUGUGGGGUUUCUCUGGUAGAUGAUUCUGUAGAACCCUUCCAUAAGGAUUCUGUGAGAGCUAUUCGCUACAGUGCAAAUGGGAAGCUCUUUGUGUCGGCUGGUGAUGAUAAGCUUGUUAAGAUUUGGUCCACUGACACCUGGCGCUGCAUCAGUUCCGUGUCCUCCGAGAAGAGAGUGAGUGCAGUUUCCAUAAGCAACGAUGGGCUGUAUGUGUGCUUUGCUGACAAAUUUGGAGUUGUCUGGGUUGUAGAUAUCCAUGAUCUUGAUGUCAAUGGAGCUCUCUCCAAUAGGAAGGCAGCACCUUUACUUGCUCAUUAUUGCAGCAUCAUUACUAGACUGGAAUUUUCACCGGAUGGAUGCUUCAUAGUUAGUGCAGACCGAGAUUUUAAAAUCCGUGUUUCUGUGUUUCCGAAGAAGCCUUUGGAAGGGGCUCAUGAAAUACAAAGCUUUUGCCUUGGUCAUACACAGUUUGUUUCCAGCCUUGCUUUUAUUUGCAGUAAGGAUCUGCCCCAAGGGUUUCUUCUUUCCGGUAGCGGUGAUUCCACGGUUCGCCUAUGGGAUAUUACUUCGGGAUCACUACUUGAUACCUGUGAAGUAGGCUCACAGGCAGCACUUUCAGAGUCCGAUGGUAGCGAGGAGAGCUGCUGUGCUGUCACGGAUUUGUGUGCAAUCCAGGAUAGUAAUCUUGUUGCGGUAGCCAUUCAAGGCUUGCAAGGAAUAAUUUUGCUGGGCUGUGACUUCUCUUCUAAAACAUUAAGCGUCGCCAAGGUGGUUUCUAUAACAGAAGAGAAUUUCAUCCCCACAAGCAUGGGAAGUAGUUCUGCUGGAGAAUUAUUGUGGUUUGUAACAGGCAUCUCUAAACUGCGUGAUGCUGACCACAAGUCUCUGGCUCGUUUGAAGGUUGUUAGUGGUCUCAGGAAAAAAGGCCAUCCUGAGUCUCCUGAUCAACACAAGCCUGUUGUUUUGGGAGAUGAAGAAAUUCCAGGCAGCCAGAAGCUGCUCGAGAAGUUGCAGGGAAGCUUGUCAAUCGACCAGAGUGUUUUCUCAGCCGCUGCUGAAGCUAUAAAAACUGCAAUGUGCAAUUUGUUGAUUAAGAAGCAGUAUCCAACAGAGAGCAGAGAAUGGAGGAAGAGAACUAGAAACGACAGGAAGGCCAAGCAGUAG